AUGCCUGGUGAUUAUGACAUAGAAUACGCUUCGCCUUGGGCUGGAGCAAAUUACAUGCCCCGGGCGAAGGACGUUGGAUCUGCAACGGCAGAUUGGUUUGCUGAGCUCCUGUCUCCCAAUCCGUGGUUCAAAGAUGUUGUCCCAAAUUUUCGUGUGCUUCCCAAGGAUAGCCUCGCACCGGGAAUUGACUCAGCCACAUCCUUUACAUCGGUUUGCAUCAACACGGCCAUCUACCUCCCCUGGCUGGUGUCGCAGUGUCUCAAUAACGGUGUGAUUUUCAAGCGAGCAACGUUCAAGCAUAUCCGCGAAGCUGCGCACUUCGCUCCUUUGGGGAAGGCCAAUAUUGUGAUCAAUUGCACUGGCCUCGGGGCGUCCCUACUGGGUGGCGUUGAAGACAAGACCGUUGUUCCAGCGCGCGGACAGAUAGUCGUUGUACGAAAUGAUGCCGGCAAGAUGAUGGAUUUCUCCGGAACGGAUGAUGGCGACGGCGAUGCAUGCUACAUAAUGACUCGAGCCGCUGGUGGGGGCACUAUCCUGGGCGGUUGUUACCAGAAAGGCAAUUGGGAAUCCCAAGUCGAUCCGAACUUAGCCGUGCGUAUCAUGAAGAGAGCGGUCGCGGCGUGCCCUACACUCACAGGAGGGAAGGGGAUUGAGAAUCUGGAUAUCAUUCGGCAUGGCGUGGGCUUGAGACCGGUACGAGAGGGAGGUACGAGAGUGGAAAAAGAACGCAUUGAGGGCAUGUGGGUGGUGCACAAUUACGGCGCAGGUGGUGCUGGAUACCAGUCCUCCUACGGAUGUGCGUCAAAUGCGGUGGACCUAGUCGAAGAGAUCCUGGCGCCAGUUUCUAGGCUUUAG